CGAAGGUGAGCGAAGUAGUGUUUGAACAACGAUUGAAACGUUAGCUAUCAUUUUGCGAAAAAAGAAUAUAAUAUUUACAGAAUAGCUUUUUUCCCAAAGAAAAAUAUAAUGCCAAGUGCGAAAAUCUUUGCGAUUUUAAUCGCAAUUUUUUGUUUAGAAAAUCAUUUAGCUUUAAGCGAAUAUUGUUACGUUGACGAUCGAAAUCCCUUUUUGUUGUUCAGCACGAAAACUGCUUAUGAACACGUUCAUGGCACCAUAACCGAUUCCAAACUGCCAAAUUGUGAACCACUGCAGAUUUGGAUGAUACUUAGACACGGAACUCGGAAUAGCGGCAAACAUUGGAUUAAAAAAUUAAAAAACGACUUGCCACAGAUUCAACGUACUAUCAUCGAGAAUCACGACAAUUGUAAAUUGUGCGAAAAAGAUUUUAACAGGUUAAAAGAUUGGAACGGGUACAAACCUCUGCAAAAGAAAAAGGCUGCACGAUUGACAAUGCAGGGUAAACAAGACAUGUUUUUCCUUGGUUUACGAUUUAAGAAUUAUUUCCCUGAACUUUUCCAAUCUCGUUCAAAUAACGAUUUGGAUAAAUUGUAUCAAUUUAGAUCGACGAAAACUCAACGAACCAUAGCCAGCAUGGAAAACUUCAUCAAGGGCCUUUUUAACAACGUGACCUUCGACAAUGCAAAAAUAGUGGGAAUCCCUGAAGACACUCUGUUACAAUAUUACAAAAUUUAUGAACCAUAUUUGAACGAAACGGCUAACACGACAGAGUUGUGGGCUGAAAGUGACGAAUUAACGCACAGCGAAGAGUACAAUCAAAUGAUGAACAAUAUUAGUCAACGGCUUGGCUUGUCAAACAAUAUAUCGGAAGAAGUUUUCACUCAAAUCGAAGACGUGUACACUAUUUGCCUGUUCGAGAGCGCUUGGUACAUCAACGAAAAAUCCCCCUGGUGCGCCCCGUUUACAAAGGAAGAUAUAGAAUGGUUUCAGUACAGGGACGAUAUGUAUUUUUAUUAUCUUUACGGUUAUGGCCAGCAAAUGAGGAGCGAUGUUGGAUGUCCACCGUUGAAGGACCUUUUCAAUCAUUUUUCAAAUUUGGAAAAUGGAAAUAAGGACGAACCGAAAGGUAUUUUUUACUUCACCCACAGUGCCGCUCUUCAAUUGCUGCUGUCCACGUUGGGAUACGCGAAAGACUCGGAGCCUUUGGUGCACGAUACAAACAUCGAUAAGGCGAAAACAAGAAAAUGGUACACAGCGAAUCUGACUCCAUUCGCUGCGAACUUAGCGGCCAUUUUGUACAAAUGCGAUAAAAAUUUCAAGAUAAACUUUAAGGUAAAACUUUAUUUAAACGAGAAACCAUUAGAUUACGAAGGAUGCCCACGAGGCACGUGCGAAUGGAGCCAUUUCAAGAAGAUAUUGAAGAAGAUAGCGGUCAACUGUGAAAUGGAUAAAAAUGAGAUGUAAUUAAUUCGUUAAAUUUUUGUUUUAAAAUCGUCGUAUGACAAACGUCACGUGAAAGAUACCUGAACGUGUAUAUGUAUAUAUAUAUACGUGCACGUUGGAAUCAACGAAGCUAUGACGGCGACCUUAUAUUACUGUCAUACGAAGCUGGCAUGAUGAACGAUAUACGGUCAUACACGGUUAUGACACUUUCAAAUUUAGUCACGUUCACUUUGCAUUAUCAUUGAAAUUAUUAUAUCCCCCAUCUUUGGAGAUUUUAAUUCGCGCGUUGUUUGAUAGUAUUACUUUUAUUUCUUUAAUCCAAUCCACAGAUUUUUACAAAUGUAAUUUAUGUUGCCACGCAAAUUUAGAGAAUAUCAGGGUUAAUGUAUUAAAUAAGUUGUUUUAUAUGAUAUAUUUUAUAUAAGCUUCUUUAAUAAAU